AUGCAGUUCUCAUUCGCUGUCGUCUCUGCCCUCGUGGGCAUCGCCAUUGCGACCCCGCAAGGUGUCACGGAUACCCUGACACCUACCGGUGUCGCCCCGGCCGGCUGCACCGGUAGCUUCGACGGAAGUUUUGAGAUUACCGUAGCCGACAUCACCGAGAAGCGUAGCGUCUCGGCACCGCAGAAACGCGCCGAGUGCGGUGGCGACGGCGUGCUUGUCUUGACCCUGAAGGAUGGCGUUACGCACGACGCCAAAGAUCGAACCGGCUAUAUUGCCUCGAACUUUCAAUUCCAGUUCGACCGCCCCCCUCAGGCUGGUGCCAUCAUCACUGGCGGAUUCUCUGUGUGCGAGAACAACAUUCUAGCUCUCGGAGAUUCCCAAAUCUUUUACCGCUGCCUCUCAGGCAACUUUUUCAAUCUCUAUGACCGUAACUGGGCUGAGCAAUGCGAGCCCGUAUCCAUCAUCGCUGUGCCUUGCGGUUCAGCCGAUCCCGCCUCGCAGAUCCCAGAUGGCCAAGUCGUCGGUACUAGCGUCGUUCAGACCACAAUCGUUACCGUGUUGCCCGACGGCCAGCCCCAGGUAGUGACGACCUCGGUGCCUGUCCCUAUCUGCCAGAUCGGCGACGGCCAGGUGCAGGUUGUGACCACGCCUUGCGCUUCUGUGACUCCCAUCCCGACCAGCACGUACGUGCCCGUAAGCGAGUACACGGACGGCCAGAUUCAGGUCACACCCCCGGGAACCGCUCCGGUGCCCCCAGCAGCCACGACCGGUGCCCCCCCUGCAUCGCCAGCUCCGUCGGAGCCAGCUGCUUCGGCAUCAAUUUCGGCAUCAACCUUGACGCCCGGCACUUCCGUCUCAAGCCCGUCUGCAGGCGUCAUCUCAAGCGCUAGCGUUCCGGAAAGCUCGCCGAGUGCCACGACGCCACCGACUGAGGCUUCAGCCCCGCCCCAGAGCGGAUCGUCACGCAUGCCUGCCGUAUCUAUCGGCGCGUUGAUGUGUACCGCCCUGAUUGCCUUCUUCUUCUUGUAA